CUUAACACUGUGUUCUACGGACCACUCCUUUGUUUCUAGGCUACCUCGUGCAGUAGAAGUCAUCGUUUAGUACUUGUUCGCCGGAAUUCGCUUAUUCGCUUUCUUGUUUCCCUAUCAAUUUGUUCCUCUCCCACUAUCGUUGGCCCUCGUUGACGAUCAAACUUCCUGACCUGCAAGGGUUUGAACCCAAAUAUUGACCUGCGGCGAGCUGCGAGGCAAUGAAGCUUCAUCCAGCGGGAUUCAGUCAGCAACGUGUUCUAUGCAGCCAAACGCAGUCACGGAAAGUCGUGCCGUCGUGCCCGAGUCAGCUCAAGGGCCUGAUUCGGAGUCACCGAAUGGUUCGUAGCGCCGUCGCCCUGGACGGGCCCGGCACGGCCACGGAGAGCAACCCAGAUAAGCAACCAGCAGUGCAGCUGAUCGCCCAGGAUGGCGACCUUCUCAGCAAUCUGGACGACAAAGUCCAGGUGGCUGUGGCGCAGCCGUCAUACACUGUGCGCAUUCUAUACCGCAGUCGUGGCACGCCUUUGCAAGAUGCGUCCGACAUCUGGGCACACAUGGGGCACAGCGGCUGGCAGUACAAGCUGGACGUGAAGCUGGAGCGCCAGAGCGAGGACCCGCAGGCAUGGCAGGGCUCAUACCUCAUCCCCAUCAAGCAACUGUCGGCGUCGUGGCACCUGGAGACCCAGAUGGUCUUCAAGGGGCUGGUGGGCGGGCACGAGAGGUGGGACAACAAGGGCGGUAGCAACUGGACCGUCGCGGUGGAGGUGGCGCCGGGUGUGGGCCUGGUGCAGGCGCUGAACCCGACAUACGCGUCUACCCGGGAGCUGACGAGCAGCCUGCUGCUGCGGCUGGAGGCGCUGGUGGCGGCGCGGUUGCUGACGCCAGAGCAGGGCAGUGUGCUGCGCGUGCUGGCGUGGCAGCACGACAUGGGCCUGAUCAAGGCCUACCAGGAGAUACGGAACAACAAGGACGAGCGGCAGGUGGCUGGCGUGCUGGCGGGGCGCUGCUCCUGGCUGCGGCCGCCCGGGCUCAACGUGGUGCACAUCGCCAGCGAAAUGGCGCCGGUGGCCAAGGUGGGCGGCCUGGCGGACGUGACUGCGUCGCUGGCCAAGGCGCACCAGGCCUCGGGGCUGCUGACGGAAAUCAUCCUGCCGAAGUACGACUGCAUCAAGUACGACGACGUUAAGGAGCUGAAGAAGAUGGCGACGCUGCACGUGCCGUGGGGCCCUGACCCCAACCGCACUAUUGAGACAUAUGUGUGGAGCGGGCUGGUGGACGGGCUACCCGUCUACUUCAUCGAGCCCAACUGCAGCGAGCGGUAUUUCUGGCGCGGCAAGUUCUACGGUGAACCGGACGACGGGGCGCGCUUCUCGUUCUUCUCGCGCGCGGCGCUGGAGUUCUUGGCGCAGCGGCAGCACGAGGCGCCCGACAUCAUCCACUGCCAUGACUGGCAGGCUGCGGCAGUGGGGCCAUUGCUGAAGGAGACGUACCGGGCCUCAGGCCUGGCCCGCACGCGUGCGGUGCUUACCAUCCACAACAUGGCCUUCCAGGGCCACCUGAACGGCGCCUUCCUGCAACACAUGGGCCUCACGCCGCGCGCCGCGCACGUCACGUCCCCCGACAUCAUGCUCGAUGGCAACGCGCCACCGCCCGCCCCCGCCAACAACAGCGGCAACCCCUACGGCCACAUGUGGCUCAACCUGCUCAAGGGCGCCAUCGUGUACGCGGACCGCAUCACAACAGUGUCGCCGACCUACGCCAACGAGGUGCUGGGCGAGGAGGGCAAGGGCCUGCAGCACAUGCUGCAGCGCCACCGCCACAAGCUGGCGGGUGUGCUGAACGGCCUCGACUAUGAGACGUGGAACCCCGCCACGGACCCGUGCCUGCCGGCGCACUUCACGUCGGAGGACCUCAGUGGCAAGCGGGCAUGCAAGGCCGCGCUACUGCGGGAGCUUGGGCUGCCCUUCGACGGCGUGCUGCCGGGUUCCAAUGGCCAUGACAGCAACGGGAACGGGAACGACAGUGGGUCGCCGUGGGGACCGAACGGUCGGCCGCUGAUCGCCAUCGUGAGCCGCCUGACGCAGCAGAAGGGGCUGCACCUGAUGAAGGCGGGACUGAAGGCGGCAGUGGCGGCGGGAGCUCAGGUGGUGGUGCUUGGAACCGCGCCUGACCCCAAGGACCAGGCAGAGUGGGAGGCGUUGGCCAAGGAGGUGGGCGCGGGCGGCGACGCGCGCAUCGUGCUGCGGCACGACGAGGCCAUGAGCCACCGCAUCUUCGCCGCCAGCGACAUGCUGCUGGUGCCCUCCAUGUUCGAGCCGUGCGGCCUCACGCAGCUUAUUGCGCUGCGUUACGGCACGGUGCCAGUGGUGCGUGAGACGGGCGGGCUGGCUGACACGGUGCGCGACGUCGCCAAGGCAAUGCCAGAGCACGAGAAGAACGGCUUCACGUUCACGGCCAAGGAUGCGCCGGCGGUGGAGCACGCGCUGCAGCGGGCUAUCAACGCCUACAGGGACGGACGCACGUGGUGGCAGCAGGAGCUGAUGCCGCGUAUCAUGCGGCAGGACUUCGGCUGGACGCAGUCGGCCAGCACCUACCAGCGCAUCUACAACGAGGCCAUGCACUAGAGGGGGCGGAACUGCGCGCGGGCGGUAAGCGGCAGCACCUGAUGUUACUGGUGAGCGACAGCACCUCCCGUCUGCGCUGAUCAAUAGUCAGUAGCUGUUCACGGACUCAACUGCCUAGCUGGCAUGUUGAGUUCACAGCGGGUAGAAUAGUGGCACGUGUUGUGGCACGCAAUUGGCGUGCCAAACGCUCGCCCGUGUCAAGUAAUGUGCAAUGUGCAGGUGUUCGUUUGUGGUGAGAUGGCGGCAGGCCGUUUGAGAGCGUCGGGUGUGUUUGGAAAGGUGGCGCGCUCCUGUCGCGCAAGACUCUGUGGGCGCGCGUGUCCCAAGUUAGGCAGACGUGUGACCAGGAUUGGUGAAGAGUUACGCAGCCCUGUUUGCCCUGCAGGUCAUAGUCUAGGAUAGGACACAGCAAGGCUGUGAAAAUGUACCUGCCUGCUGGAACUUUCCAAAGCCAUCAUAAACGCAGGGUGCGAAUGCCCCAGCCGCAAUUUUUUCCGCUUAUUAUCUGAAAUCUGCCCAGGAUGAUGUGCCUGGGCAUGUGGUACGGCGUGAAGGUGAACUGGAAUGACCAUAGUGAAUGGUGGGCAAAGAGUGGGGUGGCGGGUGCGGCAGAUUGCUUCCCACCGCCCCUAAAUGAGUGUGGCACGGUACUGGUGAUUGGGCAGUCAGCAGCGUGGUCCGAUGUCUGUGCUGCUUGGUAGUGUUAAAGGUGUCCUUCGUGCAGCGUGGCCAUGGGCUGACCGGGUCUAGGCGUAAGAGCUGUAGCGCUGGAAGUGAAUGCAGACAUUCUUGCAGGUGUUCAAAGUGGCCCAAACUACGGCGCCAAACACAAUGCCUUGGCAGCCGCAAGCUAGUGAUCAAAGUGAGGACCGGACGUCACGUGUCGCGUCGAGCCUGUAAAUUAACAAGAAA